GAAAUUAGAAAAAGAUGGCGAAGUUGAAGUCGAUUAUUGUGGCGCUGUUGAGAGGCACCCUGGCGUUUUACUCAGUUGCUGUCGUACUCCUGGCCAUUGGGUUAUCACACUCGCAGUCCCAGGAAAAGCCGGCGAGCAAUACGACCAACGAUACGGUGAUUGAUCCUUCGUGUACGUCGUCGAAGAAUCCUGACUGCAGCGAGCUACCCGCCGUGUGCGUGGUUUGUGAUUUCUUCCGCGGAGACGGUAUCCCCAAUUGUACCUACAAUGAGAACACGACCUUCUUCUGUCAGGCCCUGGCAGAAGCAGUGUGUAAGGGUGAGCGUAACUUCUCUCACAAGUUCCCAUGUCGCUACUGCUACCAGACAGGGGAGGACGAACAGUGCUGCUCUCCUGACGACUCUUGCAAUGUGAGAGGCACACCUCCCCAAAUGUACCGGUCAGAAUGCAUCGUCAAUAACAACGUCUUCUGUUUGCCUCCAAGAGCGUUUGAGAAAAUGCGACCUUGUGAUUAUUCAACGGGUACAAGAUGGACCACUGCAUUUCUCUUGAGCAUCACUCUGGGUGGAUUUGGUGUGGACAGGUUCUACCUAGCUCACUGGGGCUCUGCCAUCGGGAAACUUUUGUCUUUCGGCGGUCUGGGGGUGUGGUCGAUCCUGGACGUCAUUCUCGUUGGCACUGGUUACCUGGGACCAGGCGAUGGAUCUGCAUACAUUUACUAGCCACUUGGUGUUUAUCUUUUUAAAACAUGAGCUGACUUUAUGUUCAAUGUUUGAUAUAGGGAGUUCUUGCAUUUGGAAGUGUCGGUUCGUGUGUGUAUAUGUGAACAGUCGCGGGUUAUGUCAUGUAUUCUUC